AUGGCUUCUCCCGGCGCCAAACCAGUCUGGUUUGGCUGCGUGGUGCCUGACCUGCUGGCCAACCAGACCAUAAAGGAAUUUCUGUCCGCGCACGAAGAGGAAUACUGGCCCGAGGCGAUCAAAUUGGCAACAGUUUACGGGAUUCUGGCCCUGCGGGAACGAUUUGGCCAGCAGCAGUUGUCCGUCGACGCGCUACGGGACGAAGCGCGCCGAGGCGCGGUGGUCCAAAUUGUAGGAAACGAGCUGCCGAACAUUCUGCAGCAAGUCGAGCAGCUUGUGGCCGACGUUCGGGAUGUAGAGAGGGAGCUCGUGAGCCCACGACAAGGAAUAUGGGAGAGUGCCUAUACUGCCCCAAUGGAGCGGAAGCAAUUGCCGCUGAAGGGAAGUGGAGACCGCGAAUUUCCAGGUAUCUGUGAAUAA